AUGUCAACAGUGGACGAUUCGAGUGCUACCGAGGGCUCACCCGGAUCGUCGCCAGAGUCACCACCUCCUUCCGGCUUCGCGGGAUCAAUGCUCCGUCCGCGAACGUCGGAUGAGAUGGGCUCACCUUUCUUCGAAAUGCAGAAACAACCCCCACCACGCAAAGGCCGAAAUCUGAAGAAUUUAGCUGUAAACACAUCAAGACAUACGCCUCGAGCGCAGUCAACUACUAGCAUACCAUUACAAGCACCCAGCAUGGAGCCUGUAGCUUCUCUUGCCUCCCCUGGCUUUGUGAAGCCUCGUUCACCUCCCAAACGGAAGCCUGGCAACCUUGGCCUUACAUUGCUUACUCCCGGAAGCAGCAAACCAGCACCGCAAGAAAUCAGGCUUGCGAUCCCGCCUACACCGUCAUUCAGCAGACCCGGCACCUUACGGCACUUCCAAUCCUCUCCGUCUCUGCCACUAAUUCCAGGCUUGGCCUCGCAGACUGGCGUCGGUCGAUCAAGCCGCCGCCCAUUGGCAUUGGAAACCAUUCUAUCGCCGAUUGUGUCGCCCAAGAGCUCGGAGCUACAGGAGGAGGAAGAGCAGAAUUUCGACGUACCGUUGUCGCGCGAGGAGAAGCCGGAAGCGUACCCUGACGGCCCGAUUUGCGUCUACGACCCAUAUGUUGACCUCUACCUUGAGCCCACGGCUGAGCAAUGUAGGCAGUAUGAUGUCGUGAUGAACGUAGCGAGUGAAGUCCGGAACCCGUUGGGCGAGCGAGCCGAGAGUGACACCACUGCGGAGCCAGACAUACGUAUCGAUGGAGGCGGAGGCAUACAGUAUGCACCUAGGCGGGCUCAGCUCAGUGUGCGGAGAGCCGUACAAGAGUCGGAACACAACGAGCAAUCACCUACAACGCCAAAGGCUACGCCACUCAGCGGGCUCUUUCCGGCAGAAGCCUAUCCUUCCAGACAGAAAGAUCCGGAGUACGUUCAUAUCAAAUGGGAGCACAACAGCGACAUUGUGCCAGAUCUCCUACGCCUUUGCAAACUCAUCGAUGACAAAGUGCAACAAAAGAAGCGUGUCCUCGUACACUGCCAGUGCGGUGUCAGCAGGUCAGCAAGCCUGGUUGUCGCCUACGGCUUGUAUAAAGAUCCCACCCUGAGCGUACAAGAGGCGUACGACGCAAUCAAGGCCCGGAGCAGGUGGAUCGGGCCGAACAUGAAUCUCAUCAUGCAGUUGCAGGAGUACCGGACAAGCUUGACCCGCGGAGGGAUAUUGUCCGGCAACCGGGGUCUUACACCCAUCACCCCCAACUCUGCAUACACGGAGUGGCGGGGUCCAUUCUCUACACAGCCUUCAGAUCCUAGCAUGGACAGCGUACCGCUUUCUGCUGCUCCUGCGCCAGCCAACCAAGGUAUGCAGCACGAGCUGCCCGCGUUAACUCCUGGUCCGUCUUCUGCGCCUUCUGAUGUGAAGUGGCCCACCAGCGAGACCAUGGCUCCGUUACCAGUGCGGCGCACGAGAGCUCUCAGCGCCGUCAAGCGUGCUUCGGCUUACGUGGACCCGUCUGGGCAUAUUGUCCCGGUACUGCAGCUUGUUGAGACUGGCACGGACGGCAUGACACCCGGGCAAUCCCAUGGGUCUUCAGUACCCAUGCACGAUGAGUCGGACGCUGCGACACCUACGGAGUCUCUACCCUCUCCCAAAUUGACCGAAUUUGCAAUGACUCCCUUACGGCCCGGCAAGGAAGCACACCCUGUUAACGCUUUCGGACUGUUGUCGCCUACGUCAAGCGACUUUUCCCCUUCGACCUUCGAUCGCUCAGCUAUGCUGGCAUCUGUGGGAAUGGGAUCGAUGGGUUACGCAGACGCACCACGUCGUGCAGUGUCUCUCCGCACUCGAUCGAAGCCUACGAGCGAUGAGCGAACGUCGCAGCCAGCCGGUUUAGCGCCAAGCCCAGAGCCCAGGCUGCGCGGCAAGAUCUCGUCGCCAAGUCUACGUGAACAGCAGCAACUGCACAGCUUGCGGUCACAGAUUCAAUCGAGCUUACCGCUGCGCGUGGACGAGGCGCUCAUGUCGCCUCGAGCGGAGGAGUUCACCAAGAACCCUUUUGCUCUGUCGUUAUCAGUGCCCAAGCAACAGACAGAGGCAAGCCAGGAUGGCGGGCUAAGCACUCCUGAUUCCGACCCGAGAAGUCCGGCACAGGUGGGCGUGUCUCCAAUCACAUGGAAUAUACUAGACGUGUUAUGA